AUGGAGCACGGGUCUGAUCUAGUUUGGAUGAGUGAACAGUUACUGCGAGUACCCGAAGUUAAACACACGUUACACCCAGUCGUCCCUCCCGUGACGCUUCCCAAGAAAUAUGUCAGUUUAUUGAAGUCCCCGAAUAAAAACCGAGAACACAACGCCAGCCCACUUUCUACUCCCACAAAAGCUUAUCAGACAUCAUCGUCAACACCGUCAACCCCAAAAGUAAAGCAUGAUACACGAUUUUCCAGGCAGUCCUUUCGUAAUUCCAUUACAAGAAGAAGGAAGUCCACAAAGACGAGUGAGAUACUGCCAGGAUCAGUCUAUUCCGACGACGGAGAUGGCCAUUUGUCUGAUGUAAGCUCGCCAAGUUCGCUGUCCAGGCUGUCCAGACAGCUUGCGUCUGCUGUGUCAAGGUCCAUUUCGCGCUCUUCGAAGCAUCGUUCAUCGUCGGAGUCACGUGACCAAGGUAUACUAUACUCACACAUCUGUCUCCUCCCAGAAACAAGAAACAAAGAUAAUUCAAAGGAAACCAAACAAAGUCUCAGAAGAAAAAGCACACAAAGAAUACCAGGUGAAUCUAAAACUCAACUAUCUCCGAAUUCUCAAAAGCGUGACGUCAUGCAGUUUAUCCAAGAACAAGAACAGAGUCUUCAAGAACGAUUUUUAUCCAUGCCUCAGCACGUCCACAAAAAACAGCCAGGCCUGGAACACCUGGACAACCUUGUCCGUUUAAUGGAGCAACUGACCGCUCUGAAGGAUGAGAACAACAAGCUUCGAAAACGCUGUGACUAUCUCGAGAGCACCAGAACACUGCUCGAGACGAAGAGAGAUAUUAUUCCUGAUAGGAGUACUUCAUUAGGGUUCCUGAUCCCACAGUCGAAUCAUAAAUACGACCACAAAAGGGGUAUCCUUAUGGAUAGCAAAGUCCAACCUUACGACAAGUUAAAGAAACCAAGAAAGUCUAAAUCUGAAGAAUUUGAAAUCUUAAGCAUCACAGAUUCUUCCUCCGAUGAAGGAUCCAUAAAAUGUACAACUUUCCCACUCACUAAGAGCUUUUCCACAGGAUCUAUUGCUGCACCAACAGAAAAAGGCAUAGAAAGCGGGGAGAUGAAAGGUAAAAAGAGAAACAAAGGACACAGUAGACGAAUGAAGUCAAAGAAGAAGUCUAAAUCUUCUAAAUGGAGUCGGGUUAAGCAAGCUCUGACUGGGCAGAAACCUCAUGACAAUGAGCAAGCCACAGAGCGAAUAUUUCUAGAUCAGAGACGGGCGUCGAAUUACCCGUCCAGAGGAAAUACUCUCAGUGCUGAUGACUCCAGGUCUACGUGGUAUACAGCUUCUGAAAGUGACAAGGAAGUCCAGCCCACCAAGCGAAGUCUGGCUGCUAAAAAACAAUGUCAGGAGGACGAAGACCCUGAUCUCACCACUGAAAUCUGGAUGGGUCCUCCUGACUGGUGGGAGGAGUACGAGUCCCGAAGGGAAGGUAGUGGGACGUCAUCAAACAGUCAAGCUAGCUCCAUAAUAGAAAUUACCACCAUGUACCUGGGCAGCCCAAAAGAUACGACAACGUCAACGAUUAAAUCAAGGGGGACAACCACACCUACAGCAUCACAAGAGAAUCGGAUUACCUCGGCACAUUCAUUGGGAGAAACAACUGAAGAAGACAGUCCCUCCAAGGAUGUAUCCAUCCGCCAAAAGAAGUACGCUGCCUUACACAAAUCAUCAAGUGGGAAAAGUGCGGAUCUAGGUAUCGCAGAAAACAUGGAGUUUCAACAGACAGAGAAGAAACUUCACAGGUCAGCUUGGGGCCGUGUUAAGGAUAUAAUUCACACAAGGAAAGACAGUAUCAAGAAAAAGUUAAAGAAAGAUAGACUUGCAGUUGAAAACGAAGAUAACCGAGACAACACUACGGAUGUUCAGUCGAAGAAGACGGAAGCGCUGCUUGAAAACAGUCCCGGGCAGUCCCUUGGAUCCCCACUUGCAGUUAACAAACAGAAAGCCAAUGCAGGAAUCGAAUCCCCGCCAAAGGGAACAAGCAUGUCUCCCAAAUCUUCUCAGGGUUUCGUUCACGGAAAUGUAGACAUAGCUGCUUUAUUAGCUGGAGGAGUCAGCGAAGAAUUCAGCAAGAAGAUGCAAGAAUGGGAGCAGCUGAAGAGCAAAAAGUGUGCGGUCACAGCCAGAGCUUCUGCAGACGAAAGUGACCUUGGGAGUUUAGAGUUUCCCCAAGAGUUUCCAAUACAUACCAUUGACUUGCGGGACUUCAAGGGCAAAG